GAUAGCUAGUACGGUAGUAGGAGGCGGAAGCAGCUAGCGCGGGCAGCAUUCAAUGAUUCAGCAGCUGCAUGCGCCCACAAUGGGGGACUGCGUGGAUUCAGAAACCACCAUCGGGCCGGCACCUUUUGUCGCAACGCCCUUCUCUCGUGGCUGCACGUUCGUUUUUCCACCCUUUGCUGCCCGCUUGUCCGCCCCAUGUCGUGGAGCAACCUGGAGCAGGUGGUGUCGGCUAUCCGGGCCUUUGUCCCGGCACUGGCCCCCACCAAGCACAAGGGCCAGGCAGGCAAGGUUGCGGUGCUGGGAGGCUGCCGGGAGUACACGGGCGCGCCCUUCUUUGCGGCCAUCUCCGCCCUCAAGAUUGGCGCGGAUCUGUCCCACGUCUUUUGUGCCAAGGGCGCCGGCACUGUCAUCAAGAGCUACAGCCCCGAGCUGAUUGUGCACCCGGUGCUCGAGGAGUCGUACGAACAUGAGUCAGCCAGUGCGCAGGAGCGCGAGCAGGUGGCAGAGAAGGCGUUCAGCGCCAUCCGCGAGUGGCUGCCGCGAUUUGACUGCCUCGUGGUGGGCCCCGGGUUGGGCCGUGACGACCUGCUGCUGCGCACUGUGGCCAAGGUCAUCCGCGAGGCACGCAGCGCAGAGCUGCCGCUGGUCCUGGAUGGGGACGGGCUGUGGCUGGCGACGCAGGAGCCGGCGCUGAUCCAGGGCUACCGGCUGGCCAUCCUGACGCCCAACCCCAACGAGCACCGCCGCCUGGUGGACAAGGUGUUUGGGCCGGACUACAAGCACCAGCAGACCGACACCGGCCAGCAGCUCAGGGACCUUGCCGCAAGGUUGGGCCAUGUGACGGUGGUCCAGAAGGGCCCCGCCGACCAGGUCAGCGACGGGGACACGGUGCAGGCGUUCGGCGAGUUUGGGUCGCCGCGCAGGGUGGGCGGCCAGGGGGACAUCAUGGCCGGCAGCAUCGCCAUCUUCAUGGCGUGGGCGCGCCAGUUCGUGCAGCAGACGGAGCAAGGAACGGACGCGUUCCAAUUCUUCUCGCGAACGUUCUCGUCCAACCCGGGCAUCGCGGCAGGUAUUGCAGGGUCCCUCAUCACGAGGUACGCUGCGCGGGAGGCCUUUGGGAAGCACAAGCGGAGCACCACCACCACCGAGAUCAUUGCCGAGCUGGGCUCAAGUGUCGAAGCUCUGUUUCCCGCCGGUCCUUCAACAUAGAAACGUCAAGGUUUCGAGAAUGUGACUACGUGCAAGAUGAGCAUUCCCGUGAAAGAACAGAAGAUCGAUCUGGACCGUACACAUAGACGAAGAAUCGUCAGUUAGGUUCAGUCUAGUCAGAUUUACUACGUAUUUUUGAGUCUCUUUCAAAGUCAAAUGGCUUCCCACGAAUCUCGGGUGGAUAAGUCACCAAAAUAUGUCAGGACAUUGUCGAACAUUGUUUGAGUCCAACAAGUGUAUCAUUGAAUCAUUUAAGGUCAGAUAAUCACUCUAAUGGGACAGUGUCUUCAAAAGUUUCAUGCAAGAAUAACCAAUGGAAACCCUCGAUCUCUUGGUGGCAAUUCAAAACGGGUUGGGAGUCCAAGUUCUGUUGCACAUGAACAAGUUGUCGAAGUUGUCAACCGUUCAUCAUCUCUUUCUCAACACCUCUUUUGGCACAUCUUUUGGUAGAUCUAGCUUUGCUCAGUGAUUUGUAUUGGCAGGCUAGCUAGCUUGUGAC